AUGGAUGUGCCAGCUUUUCUUCAGCCUUUCCAUACAAGGAAUUAUUCGACAACCUUGAAAAGUGUGAACGAAAGGUUUUUAAAUCCAAAGGACAAGAUUUGUCAAGAUUCCAACGAUUAUGUUAACACAUCGAAUUCACGUGGGUGGCAAGAAUUUCUUAAGAAUGACUAUAAUAAGGAGAACUGUGGCGCUGCUAGUAAUUUAUAUAGCCGCACACCUCAAAGAGUACAUUAUAAGAAAGUACGACAACCUUUGGAACUUUACGAAGAGAACAGUCAGGACAGCGGUCAUCCAUCGAGCCCUAUCAACGAAAAGGAGAACAAGCGGCGCGAAAUUUACGUCGAGAACUGCGCGAUGUUGAGGAAUGUACCUAUGGAAUAUUCAAUGUGUUCAUUUGCUUCCGCACCUUCUCCAAUACGUAGUCAAUACAAGACCACGAGCUCAAAGACCCUCUUGCGUAGCUUGUCAUCAGGAUACGAUAGUAUGGAUGAUGGGAUCGUGAACGAGCUUAACGACAUGGAGACCAUGGACGAGGAAACGCAGCUACCGAGCGGCAUCGCGAAGCUACUAUCCGGCGACAUAGUUGCACCCGAGGCAUCGACUGAUUACGAUGUCUCGACGACCCCUGAUUUCUCCAGGACUAUGUCAUCUAAAGUCAAAAAGUGGUUGUCGGUACAGAGCGGUAUAUACAAACGGAAUAUCAAGACAAUGUCGCCUCCGCUAGUGAGGUCGCCGCUAAUAAGAUCACCGUUACUUGCGGGGACGCCAUCGAUGAUAAAGACAUCGUCGAUGACGAGGUCAUCACCGUUGGAAAAGAUGCCGCCUUUAUCAAAAAUCCGCACUUGUCUAUUUCGCUCGCCGACGGCAAGCUGCUCGAAAAGGACAAUGAUGAGAACAUACAGCUACGACGAGGCCACAGCGCCUUACUAUAGAUUACAAAUGGAAAUCUCACCACAUUCCGCCAGGUCUUAUAAACGGCCGUCGGAAGAUCUACUAGAGGACGAAGCGUCGAUAUUAAAAAGAUCGCGCAAGUCCAACAAUUUGAGUCUCGACACAACACCCGUAUCGGCGAAACGUUCAAGUACCACGACGCACUCACGCUCUCUGCAGAGAAGUCUAUCAGAAAGAACGGGCCUAACCGAAACACAUACAAAUAUCAAGUGGGCGAUCCAUCGCAGCAUCACUGAUUCCGAUCUCAUCGGUGACUUCAGUAAACCGUGUAUACUGCCGCUCACGAGUGGCAUCCAUGGGGAUCUAAAAACAAUCACAUCCGACACAUUGGCAGCGCUCUUACGUGGCGAAUUUGCCGAUCGUGUUAGUUCUUAUACAAUCAUUGAUUGCCGAUAUCCGUAUGAGUAUGAGGCAGGUCACAUCGCAGGAGCAAUGAAUGUCUACAAUAUGGAUCUCAUCCAGCAGGUCAUGCUCGAUCAUCUGAUCAACACCGUUCCGAAAAUCCAACUCGAUACCGAUAAACGCAACAUAAUCGUAUUCCAUUGCGAGUUCUCGUGGGAGCGCGGGCCGAAUCUCUCGAGAUUUUUACGCAAAUUGGAUCGCGCGUGUAACAAAGAAUACUAUCCGGCACUGUACUAUCCGGAGAUGUAUCUCUUGCUAGGGGGUUACGAGAAAUUUUACAGUGAACAGAAAGAGUUUUGCUCGCCGCAGGAUUACAAACCGAUGAAGCAUCCCAAUCAUGAGGAGGAAUGCCGAUUCUUUCGUAGAAAAUGCAAGAGCUGGCAAGCGGAGAAGACCAAAGGAAUCAACCAAGCAGUGCGAACAAAUCUCGAGCGUUUUGCCUUUUAAACGGAUGUUCGUCUUUCUUUAUUUGCAUUUAAUCUAAUUUUUAAGGCUCAGUCUAUAC